AUGCGUACACGUAAAAAUACCGUGCAGUACACGCCAUCUAACAAGGCAAAUGCGGUUGAGCGUGAAAAUAAUAUGUUGUACAAAAUAAAUAGAAAUGAAGCAACAACAGAGACGUCAACUUUUUUAUUUCGACAAGAAAAAGACGAUCAAAAAAUAAUUUUGGAAGACAAAGACUUAGAAGUCAUUGGGUUACCGAUUAUUAAGUACGGUGACUCAACAGUUAUUAUGCAGCACGCUACAACAAGCUUAUGGGUCUCUUACAAGUCGUACGAGACCAAAAAAAAAGGUGUUGGCAAAGUAGAAGAGAAACAAGCAGUUCUACACGAGGAAGGUAAAAUGGACGAUGGUCUGGAUUUUUCACGCUCUCAAGAAGAAGAAUCUCGCACGGCUCGAGUUAUUCGCAAGUGCAGCAGUUUGUUCACCCAGUUUAUUUCAGGACUAGAAACCUUGCAAAUUGAUAGAAGAGCAUCCAUAUUCUUCAAGUCUGUUAAUCUGAAUGAAAUGGUGAUGUGCCUUGAGGACCUUAUAAAUUAUUUUGCGCAGCCUGAAGAUGACAUGGAACACGAAGAAAGGCAAAAUCGCUUCCGUGCUUUACGGAACCGACAAGAUCUAUUCCAAGAAGAGGGUAUAUUGAAUCUGAUUCUUGAGGCUAUUGACAAAAUUAAUGUAAUAACGUCACAAGGCUUUCUCGUAGCACUAUUAGGUGAUGAGAGUUGUCAAGCUUGGGAUCAGAUCUCUGGAUACCUUUAUCAGUUGCUUGCAGCAAUUAUCAAAGGAAAUCACACAAAUUGUGCUCAGUUUGCCAACACCAACCGGCUCAAUUGGCUUUUUAGUAGACUUGGUUCCCAAGCAUCUGGUGAAGGUACUGGAAUGCUAGACGUACUUCAUUGUGUGCUUAUUGACUCACCAGAAGCCUUAAACAUGAUGAGGGACGAGCAUAUAAAAGUCAUUAUUUCUUUAUUAGAAAAACAUGGUAGGGAUCCAAAAGUAUUGGAUGUACUAUGUUCACUUUGCGUUGGUAAUGGUGUAGCAGUUCGUUCGUCUCAGAAUAAUAUUUGCGAUUUUUUAUUACCUGGAAAAAAUUUACUGCUUCAAACUCAAUUAGUAGACCAUGUGGCAAGUGUAAGACCUAAUAUAUUUGUUGGUCGAGUUGAAGGAUCUUCUCUGUAUCAAAAAUGGUACUUUGAAGUAACAGUUGAUCAUAUCGAACAAACGACUCAUAUGAUGCCUCAUUUAAGAAUUGGUUGGGCGAACACAGCAGGGUACAUGCCAUAUCCAGGAGGAGGGGAAAAGUGGGGUGGUAAUGGUGUAGGCGAUGACCUUUAUUCGUGUGGCUUUGAUGGAGCUUUUUUAUGGACAGGAGGUAGAAAGACUUUAACUAUGCAAAAUAAAAUUGAACCUUUUAUUCGUAAGAGUGACGUUAUUGGUUGCUCCCUCGAUUUAACAGUUCCAAUCAUCAACUUUACUUUUAAUGGCGUACCAUGCACAGGCAACUUUCGAGAUUUCAAUCUAGAUGGCAUGUUUUUUCCAGUAAUUAGUUGUUCUUCAAAACUGUCAUGUAGAUUUCUCUUAGGUGGAGAUCAUGGAAGGCUAAAGUAUCAACCACCAGAUGAGUUUUCUCCUUUAGUGGAAAGUCUCCUGCCACAACAAAUCUUGUCGCUUGAUCCUUGUUUUUAUUUUGGAAACAUGAACAAAAUGGUAUUAGCGGGUCCUUGGUUAAUGGAAGAUGAUACAGCUUUUGUUCCAGGUCCUGUUGAUACAUCUAUGGUUAAUUUACAACAGUAUAUUGAACAAAUUAGAGAUAAAUUGGCAGAAAAUAUUCAUGAAAUGUGGGCUAUGAACAAAAUUGAUGCUGGUUGGGUUUAUGGAGAAAUUAGAGAUGAUCUUCAAAAAAUACACCCUUGCAUCGUACCUUUUGAUAAGCUACCAUUAGCUGAAAAACGUUACGAUACUCAACUUGCUGUGCAAACCCUCAAGACUAUUCUGGCCUUAGGAUAUUAUAUAUCUAUGGAUAAGCCACCAUCUAGGAUCAAAACUCUCAGGUUGCCACAGGACAAGUUUACUCAAAGUACUGGAUAUAGACCAGCUCCACUUGAUCUAAGUGCGAUAACGCUCACUCCAAAAAUGGAAGAACUAGUAGAUCAAUUAGCUGAAAAUACACAUAACCUAUGGGCUAAAGAGAGAAUUAGUCAGGGUUGGACUUAUGGAUUGAAUGAAGAUUUACAAAUGAGGCGAAGCCCACAUUUAGUACCCUACCAAAAAGUGGAUGAAGCUAUAAAAAAAGCAAAUAGAGAUACUGCCAGUGAAACUGUCCGAACUUUGCUUGUUUAUGGUUAUAUGCUUGAUCCACCAACUGGAGAGCAGCAUGAAGCUCUAUUAUUGGAGGCAAGUCGUCAACGUCAACUUUUGUUUCGAACCUACAGGGUAGAAAAACACUACGCUGUGAAUAGUGGGAAAUGGUAUUUCGAGUUUGAAGUCAUGACAGCUGGUUUGAUGCGAGUUGGAUGGGCUAAAGUGGACUGCAUGCCUGGCAGUAUGAUUGGCAGCGAUGAAAAUACUUGGGCCUUCGACGGUUAUAAUGAGGAAAAAGUGUACUCAGGCACAGCCGAAGCAUUUGGCAAACAGUGGCAGCUUGGAGAUGUUGUUGGCGUUUUCUUAGAUCUCAUUGACAGAACGAUUAGUUUUUCACUUAAUGGAGAGUUACUCAUGGAUGCUCUUGGAGGCGAAACUUCAUUUGCAGAUGUACAAGGAGAUUCAUUUGUUCCUGCUUUUACACUUGGUGUUGGACAAAAAGCAAAGUUAACUUUUGGUCAAGACGUUAACACUUUAAAAUUUUUUACCACAUGUGGUUUGCAAGAAGGCUAUGAACCUUUUUGUGUUAAUAUGAACCGUCCAGUAACAUUUUGGUAUACGAAGGACCAGCCAAUUUUCGAAAACACUGAUGAUAUGGCAGACACUCGUAUCGACGUAGCUCGCAUUCCAGCUGGUUCCGAUACACCUCCCUGUCUUAAAAUAUCUCACAAUACGUUUGAGACGAUGGAAAAGGCAAAUUGGGAAUUUUUGCGGCUCUCACUGCCUAUCAUAUGCCAGUCUACAUUUAUUACCGAAAAUGAAAAAGCUCGACGAUGGCAGGACAUAAGGAUGCACCAGAAUCGGCUCUACCAUGAUCAAGCUGAGCAACAUGCUCAGCCCUCUGCCCACAUUGAACAGAUCAUGCGCUCUGGGUUUAGUAUGAGUGACAUCAAGGGCAUGACCGAUUCACAAAGAAACUAUGCUGACGACGGAGGAGAUAUGGAAGAAAUAAUAUGCGAGUCACCGUUACCAAGAGGUCGACCACCAUUGAGGCCACCCAGACGUGGCUCUAUUUCGGGGUCACGUAAUUUUGAAAACACAAAUGAGGAGGACAUAAAUGACUAUGUUGGAAUGAAUGGUGAUGCUAAGGAUGAAAAAAAAAAACGGGGACGCUCACCUUUCAGAAAAAUUUCAUUUAAGCUCAGAGAAGCUCCGUUCUUUUCACGGAAAGUUAAAUCACCAGAUGCUAAAGCCAAGACACCAGAACUACAGAUGAGGAGUGAAAUUGGAAGAAUCGCAAGACCUGCCCUAAUUAGUAAGACAGGGGUUGGAAGAUCACCAACGGUUCGAGUUUCCACAAUUGAUCUAAAAGUUGUGCCACCCCAAAUACCAGAAAGAAAUGCACCAAAAACCAUGUCUGUUGUCUCAGGAACUGGAGUUGAAGCGAUCGGAAAUGAAAUUUACAAUACUGAAUGUCUAAAACUUAUGAACGAAUAUUUUUAUGGUGUUCGUAUUUUCCCUGGACAAGACCCAACACAUGUUUAUGUCGGUUGGGUAACUUCUCAGUACCACUUGCACACAAAAGAUUUUAAUCCAUUCAAGGUUCGAAGAAUUUCCGUGAUUAUGACAGAUGACUAUGAUCGAUCAAUGGAACAAAUUGAUCGACAGAGCUGUUACAUGGUUCGGGCUGAUGAAUUAUACAAUGAGGUAACUCAGGAUGCAUCAGGAAAAGGAGCAUCACAAGGCAUGUUUGUUGGAUGUUUUGUAGAUACAGCUACUGGAUGGGUGUCAUUUACAUGCGAAGGCAAAGAAACAUCACACAAAUUUAAAAUGGAACCUGACACAAAACUAUUUCCUGCUAUUUUUGUGGAGGCAACAAGCAAAGAGAUUCUGCAAAUUGAGCUUGGACGUACGUCAACGACGUUGCCUCUUUCUGCAGCAGUACUUCAAAUCUCUGAACGUCACGUUAUCCCACAGUUUCCACCAAGAUUAAAAGUGCAGUGCUUAAAGCCGCAUCAGUGGGCCCGUGUUCCAAACCAGUCACUUCAAGUGCAUGCCCUUAAAUUAUCUGAUAUUAGAGGAUGGUCAAUGCUGUGUGAAGAUGCUGUAUCCAUGCUGGCACUGCAUAUACCUGAAGAGGAUAGGUGUAUCGAUAUUCUUGAACUUAUAGAAAUGGAUAAGCUUUUAAGUUUUCAUUCACAUACGUUGACUUUAUAUGCAGCACUUUGCUACCAAUCAAACUACAGGGCAGCUCAUGCCUUAUGUCUUCACGUUGAUCAAAAGCAGUUAUUGUACGCCAUUCGUGCCGAGUACAUGUCAGGACCACUAAGACAAGGAUUUUAUGAUUUACUUAUUGCUCUGCACCUCGAAUCUCAUGCUACAACGAUGGAAGUUUGCAAAAAUGAGUUUAUCAUUCCAUUAGGUCAAGAGCUAAGAGAUUUAUAUGAAAAUGAGGAAAUGCGGCAUAGUUUGAGGUAUCUUGAAACAGAAUCUGUAAAGCCACAAAUGAAAAUGACUGAUAUCGGGGAAAAUCAAAGUAUUGAAAACAUACGAAGCCUUUAUAGUCCGUAUUUUCCUUUAAGUGUUGUACGGGAUUACGUUAUGGAAGCACUAUCGGAAGCUGUUGAAAUAAAUCAAGUGCACAAUCGAGAUCCUAUUGGUGGAAGCAAUGAAAAUCUUUUUUUACCACUUAUCAAAUUGGUUGAUCGACUUUUCUUAGUCGGAAUGCUCAAAAAUGAGGAUAUUGAAAAAUUACUUAUAAUGAUACAUCCAGAGACUUGGGAUCCCGUUUUUGAUAUAGAAGGUAAAGAUGAGCACCGCAAAGGUUUAAUGCAUAUGAAAAUGGCAGAAGGAGCAAAACUACAAAUGUGCUAUUUACUGCAUCAUUUAAAUGAUAUUCAAUUACGUCAUAGAGUUGAAGCUAUUAUUGCAUUUAGUCACGAUUUUGUUGGUGAAUUGCAAGCAGAUCAGUUAAGGCGUUACAUCGAAAUUAAACAAUCAGAUUUGCCCUCUGCUGUUGCAGCAAAGAAAACUCGAGAAUUCCGUUGUCCACCACGAGAGCAAAUGAAUGCAAUUCUGAGUUUUAAGAAUAUAGAAGAAGAUGAUCCUGAAAAUUGUCCUUGUGGUGAAGAUUUGAUUGUUAAAAUGAAUGACUUCCAUAGUAAUUUAAUGUCAUACGUAAGUUUACAUGCUCUUCAAGAAGCUGAAGACGCUGCUAGUGAGAUUGACGGAGAUAAAGAACAGCAAGGUCCGAUUAAAAAACUAAUAAAUUUUAUCCAUCACGUAAAAGAAUUAGAAGAAAAUCUAAGAUCUGAGCCAGAACUAGAAAGAAAAACUCCAGAAGAAAUAUUUAGAAAAGUUCUUAUAUCUACAAUUGUGAGUUGGGCAGAAGAAUCACAAAUUGAAACUCCAAAGCUUGUUCGUGAAAUGUUUAGUCUCCUAGUGCGUCAGUAUGAUACUGUCGGAGAAUUGAUAAGAGCCUUAGAAAAAACGUACGUUAUUAAUUGUAAAACAAAAGACGAUGUGGCUGAAAUGUGGAUAGGCUUAAGUCAAAUCCGUGCACUUCUUCCAGUGCAGAUGUCUCAAGAAGAAGAAGAACUUGUACGAGAACGGCUAUGGAAAUUAGUUAAUAAUCACACAUUCUUUCAACAUCCAGAUCUUAUUCGUGUUCUUCGAAUCCAUGAAAAUGUUAUGGCUAUCAUGAUAAAUACCUUAGGUCGCCGAGCACAAGCACAGUCUGAUGUACAAGCUCAAGCUCAAACAGCAGACGGAGGUGAAGCAUCUGCUAAAGAAAAAGACACAUCUCAUGAAAUGGUAGUUGCUUGUUGUCGAUUCCUUUGCUACUUUUGCCGGACUUCCAGGCAGAAUCAGAAAGCUAUGUUUGACCAUUUUGACUUCCUUUUGGAGAAUAGUAAUAUUUUACUAUCAAGACCAUCAUUGCGUGGAUCCACACCAUUAGAUGUAGCAUAUUCUUCAUUAAUGGAAAAUACUGAGUUAGCACUUGCACUUCGAGAGCAUUAUUUAGAAAAAAUAGCUGUCUACUUAUCCAGAUGUGGUCUGCAAUCAAACUCUGAACUAAUAGAAAAAGGCUAUCCUGAUCUUGGUUGGGAUCCAGUUGAAGGAGAACGGUACCUGGAUUUUUUACGAUUUUGCGUUUGGGUUAACGGUGAAAGUGUUGAAGAAAAUGCAAACUUAGUCAUUCGACUGCUAAUUCGUCGCCCAGAGUGUCUGGGUCCAGCAUUAAGAGGAGAGGGAGAAGGAUUAUUAUAUGCUAUUAUCAAAGCUAAUAAGAUGUCUGAAAAAAUUACAGAUCGACGAAAGAGAUUUAAAUUGCUCACAGUUAAGCAGAAAGUUUUCUUGUUAGCAACAAGGGUAAAGCGACUUGCUCUCAUUACUAGAUUGGUGAACAAAGGAAGACUUAUUAGACUUCAAAUGAGGAUUACUAGAUCGAAAGGAUUGCCAUUUAUUUUUGAAUUGUUUUUGAGUACAGGCUUCAAAUGUAAUGAUUUGUGUCAUGAUAAAGUCACGCAACUGUUGCAAGGUAGGGAGGGGAAGGGUGUUAGAGUUGCUACCAAGAGAUAUAUGAGAGUCAAGAGAACUCAAAAUUUCCUUUGA